CCCCUUCAUAUACAAGGUCUUCUCCUUCCCUACCACAAGCUCUUAUCCUUCUUCUUUGCGAGGGAUAAGAGUGGUAGCAAUCCAUAGAUGGCUGGGUUACAGAGGUCCACUGAAACUUUCAGGAGGUCAGGAUCAUCAGGACUAGUAUGGGAGGACAGAUUCCUCCAAGAUGAGAUGAACACAACAAAGCCAAAGGAAGAAUUGGUGGAUUCGAAUGAUCCAAAACAAUCGCAAAGUGUUGGAACAAUCGGUGCGAUGAAGCGAAACCUAUCGACCGGCGGUCGGCCUUACCGGACCGGCAGAGUCUCACCGGCACUUGACCCUCCCUCUCCGAAGCUCUCUGGCUGUGGCUUUUGUGGAAUUUUCAGCAAGAAUGAUAAGGCCAAGACCCAUCGGCUAUGAAUUCCCAGCAAUCGAUGAUGGCAGAAAGGAAGAUAUUGGGGAAGACUAUUAGUAUUUGAUCAGGCCUGCUUGCUUCUUCUUUAUUGCUUUCUCCUGUGCUGCUUUGUUCUUGUAUUUGCCUUUGUUUUGGAUUUGCAGAAAUAGGAAUUUUAUGUUGCUUGUGUUCAGGAUGAUUGUUCUUUUUUGCUUGAAUCAGACUUUUCUUUUUGUUUUCAUAAUCUCUGUUUUUGUUCAUAAUUCUUGGGGUAAUAAAUUGGCCAUCACAGGAGCGGUAUUAUGUAAUCCGACUUGUUUUUCUGCU